UCUCAAUCGAGUGUCUUGUCUCUGGUUGCGAGAGCUCUGGUCGGCUCGAGCCAGAUAAGUGUCGUCAAAUCUUGCCAAGAGAGGUUUUUGAUCAGUGGGAUGAUGCUCUUUCUGAAGCAGUAUUGAUGCGUUCAAAGAGAUUAUAUUGUCCUUAUAAGGAUUGCUCUGCUUUGCUUUUCAUUGACAAGAGUGAAGUGAAGAUGAAAGAUUCGGAGUGUCCUCAUUGCCAUAGAAUGGUGUGUGUAGAGUGUGGGACUAAGUGGCAUCCGGAGAUAACUUGCGAGGAGUUUCAGAAGCUAGCAGGGAACGAAAGAGGAAGAGAUAAUAUUUUGCUCGCGACGAUGGCAAAGAAAAAGAACUGGAAAAGAUGUUAUUCUUGCAAACUCUAUAUUGAGAAGUCUCAGGGUUGCUUAUACAUGAAAUGCAGGUGGAUGCUGUGUUGUCGUUGUUGGGUGGUUCUACUGAGCUUGCUCCUGGUCCGCAUAUGUUUUGAGAAGAAAGUAAGAUACGGUGUUCGCCAAGAAAUGGCCUUAAGGUCAGUGUAUCAUCAGUCUUGAGUUUUACCAACUUAUGCCAAAAGCUGUUACAAUCCCAAUUAGUUAGCAGAAGAUUUUAACCAGUUUCUUAGGCCUACGGAACCAUUAGUAUUGAGCUAGCUUUUGUUAAGUCGGAUCUUAACAAAAUCCAUGAGUAGUU